GAAGCUCCAGGCCAUGGGUACCGCUUGCUUCUGGCUGGUGUAUUUAUGUCAUCUCAUGAAUGAUUGUCUUGGGUCCUAGAUGAGUGCUGUCAGACAAACUGCAGCUUCCUAGAUCUCUCAAGGUUGUGCUAGUUGGUGGGAUGAUCGCAUAGUGUUGCAUGGAGGAUGUUGGAUGGAAUUCUGUUCUCCAGGGAUUGCCUCCUCAUGGGCCUCAGCCUCUCAGCUGCCACAGCGUAGCUGAGCUGCAGAGCCUGACAGGCACUGCUUAGUGCUCUGCCAUGGUGGAUAUGGGGAACUGAUGGUCUGCUCAGCCUAGUGCUGGUGAUGUCUCAAAAGCUGAUUAUUUGACAUUUUUGUCUGUCUGAGGUAUUUUGCUCAAGGUUGAAGCUCUGCUUUAAGUUCCAGAUGUCCUUAUCUCUGAUAAACAACCUUCCCGAGAUGGGAUGUUUCUCUUCAAAGAUUCAAGACUGUCAUAAAUUAGACCCACAGGGACAGCAUCCUUGAGAUGAGGGCACAAGUCCAAAAGAGAAACCAAUCAGAAGAAACUAAAUGUCCUUGUGCCCAAAUACGGAUAAAGUGAGCAGUAGGAUGCCUCCCCAAACAAUCACUGAAGACCCUUGUGCAAGCACAAGAGAUUCAAAUGUUAUGUAACCUUAUACUUACAUAAACCUAUGAAUAUGUAAUGGAUAGGUGUCACUUAUGUAUUAGGUAGGCAUAUAGUGAAAACUUUUGACUCUAAAUGGAAGCCAGCAUAAAGACUCAGAGCACUUGAUAUGUGAGAAUAUUCCACCUUGUGCCCUGCCCAGAAUAAAGCAACGUCUCCUCUCCAAACACUCGUCCUUUUGAAUGUGUUUUGGGAGAUAUAGAAUCAACAACGUUAUCAUUUCUGUAAGCCUGGGGGAUGCUGAGGCAGGUGGCCAGACCCCUGGACAUCCAUCUGCAUAUUCAGGAGUUGUUCCCAGCCGGUUGGCUGCCUCCGGCCACCCCACUCCCUCUUUAUAGGACAUGAGCAUAGCGGGAGGACUUGCUGGGUGGCUUCUUCAGCAUCCUGCAGCACCCAGCACACAUCCUGCACCUUGGCAGCCCAGGUGAGUGGAGCACAGAGGGGCAAGCGGCUUGGGCUGGGGCUCCUCACUGGUGGCAGAAAUGGAACGGUUUGGGAAUGCUGUGGGGUGACAGGCUGCCCAGUGUGUGGUGCUCCCAGAAAGAAGUGGAUGGGGAGCUCUGUGGUGUAGCUGCUGUCUGGGGAGGACAUACCUGCCAGCUUCUCUGGGCAUCCUCAUUUUCCUCUGUGUUUUUUUCUUCAGUUUGGAGGAGCAUCUGUUUCUUUUUACUAUUUUGGAAGACUGCACUGGUAAAGGCUGGUAGCAGGAGCAGGAAUGGGAGCACCCACAUGCAAACUGCAGGGAGAGGACCCCGUUAGUGGGAGCAGUUUACUUGGGCCAGGAAAUGGGGCCAGUCUGGAUACAGAUUUAUGCUGGAAAGCCCCUUGCUUUUCUCCCAUUCUCCAGCUGACGCUCCCUGUGUGGAAAGUCUGAACAAUGAAUGAGAUAUAUGUGUAUCUUGCAUUUGCUGUGUGGCUUUACCAUAAGCAGCUGCUACUCUGAGGAGCAGUGUGUGACUGAGGGUGAAGCAAGCUGUGAAAGGGGUGAGCAAGAGCUGCCAGCAGCCGGGCCUCAUGCUGACCUUGGGCAGAGCAAGUAGCCACACUGCUGGGGAAAUGGAAACCUCACGGCUGGGAGGGAGGGGAGGCUACACAGAGGACAACAAGUGCUGUCAGGCCGUCUGGAAAAUGGUUUAUUACAGAUAGAGCAGCAGUAGAGGAUGCAGAAAGGUGUGACUGAGGAGGGGAGGGGGGAAAUGGUCUACCAAAAUGAAGGGUCAGUGCAAUUUACAGGGAAGACAAGCCUGGGGACCUGCACUGGAGUGAUGUGUAGUGGUGUGUGAUUGCUCUCCCAAACACCAGCCUGGAAUAAAGGGCUAAUUGAUAACAAGCGACCUGCUGAAAAGAGUGAGUAGAGGCUUUUUUUUUAACACCACUCAGUAACAUGGUGCAGAGAAAAGUCACGGGGACAGGAGAUUAACAGCACUGAAAAUGAUCAGAUGUAUCUGGAUAUAGGUGAAAGAAUCUCAGACCCUUUAAAGAUAGCUCAAAAAGGCAUAAACCACUUAGGCAUGCAGAGCUGAUGCUAAUUAAUGUGGUUCGUGAGGCAGCAUCCCAUAGGGAUUGUUACUCUUUAACAGACCAGGAUGUGAGCUUCUGCUAUUCCUGUUUUAAAGGUGUCAGAGCGAGCAAGAGGAGGGGUGGCUGGCUGGCUGCACUCAGUGUGACAAUUUUAAGCCUCAGGCUGCUGGCUCAGAAAUUUUUCUCUUCUCCAGUAAUCCCCAUCCCUUUUAUUCUCUGUUUUGACAAGCCCUUAGCAGCACUAUCCCAGCAUGUCCUGCUAGUAGUGGUCAUACUGUGCUUUUUCUGCUUCUAGCCCCUUGCUGUGCCCCUUCCCACCACCCCAGCAUAGGGGGAUGGCAGAUGCUGCUCAUCCUCAUGCCCUCAGGGCUCCCACUGCUCCAUGCUGUGAAUGCCUUCUGUAGAGCUCUGGCUGCUGUCCUUAUUCAGGGCACCCUGACAGUGCCCAGUGGCAGCUGCAAACACCUUUGCCUAGGUGUACCUGGGGGAAGGCACUAUCUGGUGCUCAGUGCCCUUGUACCACAGUCCAUGAGCUCAAAGGGGACGCUUGCCAAAGGUGAUCUCCCUUUCUGCUUAUCACUCCGAGCCUAUGCCCCACACACCUGUUACCUGGGGGCAGGGGAGAAAUUGUGGUCAAGACACAGUGAGAUGGAUCUUCAACCCUUCCGGAGCAAAGCUGUGGUGCAGAGAGCCCUCACUGCUGGGCACAUUCAAGGCCCAAACCAUUGGGAGUGAGCUCUAGGCACCACAGAUGCUUGCUGUCAGGUGGGAGCUGGGAAAAUCUCUCAUGUGAGCAUGCAUGGAGGGUGGCUGUAUUUGGUUCUGCCAGGUGAUACUUUACUCUUUCUUCAGCUCUGUACCUCCAGUUGGCAGAAGCAUUGCUGCGAACGCCUGCCAGUCUGUCCCUGGAAAUGAUCCCCUACCAGUUGCAGGGUAGCUCACUGGUGCCCAGGCAGAAAGAGGACACAAGGAGUGGCAGGUCUGCUCCCGUGCAGGACAGAGGCUGUGUUACCACAAAGCACCACCAAGGGAUGAAAACAGAACCCUGUUUCCAGAGGGACCCUCUGUUGCCUUCCCCUAGCUCAUCCCUCGUAUCACAGCUGCUCAGCCACACUACAGUCAGCAGGAGCCUGGACCCCUGCACCUUUUUCCCUCCCUCUGCAGUGGAGCCGCCCCAGGGCUAUGAACUUGGUGUGCCUCUCAGAGAAGCAGCACAAAUCCUGGCUAGCACCAGAACCUGUGGCCCCGUUCCUGUGCCCUGUGCAGCUGAUGGGGAGCAGCUCUCCAGUGAGUACCUACAAGCCAAGAGGGCUAGGGUGGAGAGCAUCAUCCAAGGCAUGAGCCUCCCUCCAGCCCACCAAGUCUUGGAGGGAGGUUUGGGGCAGGGCAGGGAGAGAGGUGGGGAAGUGCCUCACUGGGGCAAGAGGAAGCCGAGGGUACCUCAGCAGCAGAGUGCGGGAGUGGCUGGGCAAGGGGCACCUGCCACGGGCAGCCCCCACACAGCAGAGUGCCAGCAGCUGAGGGAGCAGCUCUGCUUUCUAGAGCAGCAGCUGAGGUGGCUUCAGGAGAGGUUCUCCCAGGUCUGUGACUCUGAGGAUGCUGCCCAAACCCAGGAAGGUGCUGAGAAAGUACAGCUGCUUCCUGGAAAAGCUGGAGACAGAGUGGGCAGGGAUGGCACUGUCACCACCCACCAUCCACACACAGCCACUCUCUGGGAAAGCAUCCUGGAGGUGGAUGGGUCCACCGCAGGGGAGGACGAGGAAGACAGAGGCAGUGCAGGCAUCCUGCCCUCCGUGGCCAGGGUGCUCUCUCAGGCCCUGAAACACGAGCUGGCUGGGAUGACAUCCCGUGUGGUGGACUCCGUCUUGAAGACCGUGUGGCCAAAGGCAGCCAGCCACCUCCUACAGCAAUGGCUAGAGUUAGGGCCAGAUGCCAGAGGAGAGUGUUUUCCUGCUGGGAAGGGCAGAAAACCACUUGCUAAAGCACCCUCCUCAAGCACCCUGAGCUCACGUCGGCCAGAGGCACCAUCACUAUCAUUGGGGAAGAGCUCUCAGGCCAGAUCCUUCAGCCCAGAAGGGGUCAGAAACCUCCGUCAGGCACCCAGUGUGGGUCACAGUCCAGGCUCAGCUGCCCCAGCAGUACAGGACAGUCAGCUGCUGGGCCAGCUGCUGGUCUACACCCCACACAACCACUGGGAGAGCCCUACUGCCUCAGAGAGUCGGCGCAUGGAGCCCACAAAUGCACGCUGGGCAGUCACCAAGCUGCGGCCAUUAGCAGUGAGGCCCCUGGGCCCUGACAUGGUGGAGGGGAACAGAACACCUCUUACCCCUACCCACGAGGCACUGACCCCUGGCCACCUGAAGAAGGCCAAGCUGAUGUUCUUCUUCACCCGCUACCCCAGCUCAGCUCUGCUGAGGUCCUACUUCCUUGACGUGCAGUUCAGCCGCUGCAUCAACUCCCAGCUCAUCAAGUGGUUCAGCAACUUCCGUGAGUUCUACUACAUCCAGGUGGAGAAGUUUGCCCGGCAGGCCCUGCUGGAGGGCGUCACGGAGGCCACGGCCCUGCAUGUCUCACGGGACUCAGAGCUCUUCCGCACCCUCAACAUGCACUAUAACAAGGGGAACGACUUCCAGGUGCCCAGCUGCUUCCUGGAGGUGGCAAGCCUGACGCUGCAGGAGUUCUUCAGCGCGGUGCGGGCGGGCAGGGAUGCCGACCCCUCCUGGAAAAAGCCUAUUUACAAAAUCAUCUCCAAACUGGACAGCCACAUCCCUGAAGUGUUCAAAGCUGUGGGCUGCUCCCAGGAGCUGCCCCACAAUUGAUCUGCCAGGCAAGGGGCCCUAGAAGGUUUUGGGUAAAUGCUGGUGGGGUGGGGGAAAGGCAGCUGUGCUGGACAAAUCCUGGACUUAUGGCAUCCAUUGUUCUAUUUCUGUCCUAUAAGACAGUGUCCUUGGGUGAAGUCUACAGUUUGCUCCAGGCAUCAGGAUGUUGUGCUAUACGUUUCAUUUGGCUGCUCAAAGGCAGCGGUGGAGACCCAUGGAAAGAAACACGGAGAGGAAGCCAAAUGCCUAGAGCCUGGAAAUGGCUGCUCUCCUCCUGGCCCUGCUCCAGCUUUCCCCAGGACCUGGGCCAAGCCACCUUUCUCCUCCUCUCCACAGGGCCACAGAUAAGGGCAAGUAGCCCUUUUUGUUUACAGAGCAGGCAGAGCUCCCAGCAGCGGGCAUCAUUUCCUUGGCACGGCUGUCCAAGGCACUGUGCCUGCUCCAACAGCACUCCUCAGGCCCUGCCCAAAAACAACACAACAGCAUCCAAAGCAAACAUCUGCUGAAUUCCAGCAUUUCAAGCAGCCCAUGAGGAAGGUUGACCCUGUCUGAGAGACAUCAAACUGUUUGUGUCAGCCAGCACAAACAGCCCCUUCCCCGCCUCACCAGUGUCCUGCAGAGGAGCUGAAGCUGGACAGCGUGACUUGUGUUGGAAGGGGUCAGGCAGUGGUGGAAGUGCUGUGGGGUGCCUGCUGGGUGCUAGAGCACAGCAAAACGCAUGGAGAGGAAAAUCGAUGCUGCACAAGCAGCAGGGUGCCUGUAGCGGAAUGGCAACACCUCAUGGCUGAGCAGUGCAGUGCAGGUAGGCUCCACAGGGGCUGUAUUACAGUGGCCCUUGCCAUUGUGAGUGGGGUUAGCUACAUUCCCUGUCUGGAUUUGUAUAUUAAUUGCUUGAGGUCUGUAUGUUGUGCAAACCCAACUCCAAAUUUACUCCAUCUAUUUUUAAAUAAAUACAGCUUACGUUACCACUUUACAUCCCCAGAGACCUCUCUGAUAACUUUUUCUCUAAAGCUUUACCCUGGGAAUUUCUUGCAUUUUGUUGGGAAAGAAUAACCCCUUGAGAGAAGGGCUUCAGUGGCUGUGCUAUUGAUGGUGUG